AUAUCCAAAUUAAAUAUUACAUUAACAACAAGAUUAUAUUUCAAAGCUUCGGUUUCUUCGUUUCGCAUUUCCACUAACUCCGUCUUAUCCUCUCUCUCUCUCUCUCUCUCGCUGAUCCCUAAUUCCUUCGCUCUCUCGAUCCUUCCCAUUCCUUCGAUUUCGCCGGGAGGUUGUGUUUGGAUUCCAGGGAAAUGGGGCUGAUUUCGGGGAUUCUGAUGGGGAUGGUGUUCGGAAUUGCAUUGAUGGCCGGAUGGCGUCAUAUGAUGAGGUAUCGAAGCACCAAACGAGUCGCUAAGGCAGUUGACAUAAAGCUCCUUGGAUCGCUAAACAGAGAUGACUUGAAGAAAAUAUGCGGGGACAAUUUUCCUGAAUGGAUAUCUUUCCCUGUAUUUGAACAGGUGAAAUGGUUGAAUAAGCAAUUGAGCAAACUGUGGCCGUAUGUGGCAGAUGCAGCAGAAAUCAUUAUAAAAGAUUCUGUUGAACCACUACUGGAAGAAUACCGACCUCCAGGAAUUACUUCAUUGAAGUUCAGCAAACUGUCUCUUGGUACCGUGGCACCCAAAAUCGAAGGUAUUCGGGUUCAAAGUCUUAAAAAAGGUCAAAUUACAAUGGACAUUGACUUUCGUUGGGGUGGCGAUCCCAACAUCGUAUUAGGUGUUGAAGCUGCACUUGUUGCUUCCAUCCCCAUUCAGUUGAAGGAUCUUCAAGUUUUUACCGUUGUUCGUGUGAUUUUCCAACUUGCGGAAGAGAUCCCUUGUAUUUCUGCGGUUGUUGUUGCUCUACUUGCAGAGCCAAAGCCGAGAAUUGAUUACACUCUGAAGGCUGUUGGUGGAAGCUUAACAGCACUCCCUGGAAUUUCAGAUAUGAUUGAUGAUACCGUGGAAUCCAUUGUCACAGACAUGCUCCAGUGGCCACACAGGAUUGUUGUUCCAAUAGGUGGUCUGCCUGUUGAUACAAGUGAACUGGAGCUUAAACCUCAAGGAAAGCUCACCUUGACUGUCGCGAAAGCAAAUGAUCUGAAGAACAUGGAAAUGAUUGGAAAAUCGGACCCUUACGUUGUUGUCUACAUUCGUCCACUGUUCAAGGUUAAGACCAAGGUUAUUGAUAACAAUCUGAAUCCUGUUUGGGACCAAACUUUCGAGUUGAUCGCAGAAGACAAGGAGACUCAAUCACUUAUUCUUGAGGUUUUUGAUGAGGACAUUGGACAAGACAAGCGAUUGGGAGUAACAAAAUUACCUUUGAUUGAGCUGGAAGCAGAAACUCCUAAAGAGAUUGAACUGAGACUGCAGCCAUCACUUAACAUGCUAAAAAUAAAGGAAAAGAAGGAUAGAGGAACCAUUACAAUCAAGGUCUUUUACCAUGAAUUUAACAAGGAAGAGCAGUUGAUUGCUUUGGAAGAAGAGAAGAGGAUCCUAGAAGAAAGAAAGAAACUGAAAGAAGCAGGAGUUAUCGGCAGCACAAUGGAUGCACUUGAUGGAGCAGCUUCAGUGGUUGGAUCCGGUGUUGGAAUGGUGGGAAGUGGUGUGACCGCUGGAGCCGGGCUUGUGGGAAGUGGAGUCACUGCUGGAGCUGGCCUUGUGGGAAGUGGUGUCACUGCUGGAGCCGGGCUUGUGGGAAGUGGUGUUACAGCUGGAGCUGGGCUUGUGGGAAGUGGCGUUAAUUCUGGAGUUGGAAUGGUUGGGAGUGGGCUGGGGGCUGUUGGCAGUGGCCUGAGCAAAGCUGGGAAGUUCAUGGGUAGGACUAUCACUGGGCAAUCCAGCCAUUCCAGGAGAAGAAGUGGCUCCACAACUCCAGUGAAUAGUGUCCAAGAAAAUGGUGGUGCAAAGCCGCGGUAAUGUGCCUGCCUGCACUUGCUUUGUUGCUGCUAUAUUGUGUGAAUGGUAGGUUUUAAUGAAUAGAGAUAUACUUUGCCAUGCUUGCUCCUUUUCAACAGUCUCUUCUUACAUUCUUUUCCUUGUUAUAAUUGGAUAAUAACGGCAAUAGGUAUUGGUUUAUUCCCGCCCGUCUUUCGUCUGUAUCAUCCUGUGUUCUUGCUCGUCUUCUAUGAUUGCUGGAAAUCGUAAUAAUUUUUUAAAGUAUUUGUACAAAUUUAUGAAUUGCUACGUUGGUUUUA